GCUGGUUCGCCGAGACCUGCCUGGGGAGGACCAAGGUCCUGUUCCUCUGCACCCUGCUCCACUUCUUCGGCACCGCCAUGCUCCCCGUGGUGGCCUUUCCGUUCGAGGACUUCUACACGGACACGCACCACGCCACGCACACGCUGGAGCGCAGCGAGCAGCAGGCGCUCUUCUACACGGGGCUGCUGGCGGCUGCACUGGGCAUCGGGGGCAUCCGCGCCAUCCUGUGCCCCCUGGGAGCCUACAGCGUGCAGGGCUACGACCACCACAGGCUCUUCUCCUUCUUCAACUGGUUCUACUGGCUAGUGAACCUGAACUCGACGGUGGUGUUUUUGGGGAUCGCCUACAUCCAGCAGUCUGUGGCCAAAAACCUGGGGUUCCUCAUCCCCUUCACCUCGGCUGUGCUCGGCAUGCUCGCCAUCCACAUGGUGCGCCAGAACCUCACCUUUCGCCCCAAGAAAGGCGGGUCGCUGAUCACCACGCUGGGCGUGUUCCUGUCCUCGCUGAAGAUGAGCUGCCUCAGGUACGGCUACCUGAGCGGGGAGGUGGGCAGCUGGCUGGACCGCGCCAAGGAGAACAACGGGGGGCGCUACAGCGAGGCGCACGUGGAGAACGUCAAGAUCAUGUCCCGCCUGUUCCCUCUAUACGGCCUGCAGCUGCUGUACCGCACCUGUGUGGCCCAGAUCCCAUCUGGAUACUACCUCCAGGCCAUGCACUCCAACCUGAAGCUGAACGGGUUCCUGCUGCCCAUCGGGGUGAUGAACGUGAUCAGCAUCCUACCCCUGCUGGUGCUGUCCCCCCUGCUGCAGUGCAGCACUGCUAGUGCUCUGUCCCUGCACAGGACCCCACUGUCCCCCCACACGCUCAUAGUGGCGGGACACGUCUGUGCUGCCCUGUCGGUCCUGGCCGCGGGGGUGUCGGAGAUCCAGAGGAAGGGGUACCCCCUGGUGGAGCAGUCCCUUUCCGGCAAGGUGCUGCACGUCUCCUCCAUGGGCUGCUUCCAGCUCACGCCCCAGUACGUCCUGCUGGGCCUGGCUGAGGCCCUGGUGACCCCCGCCUGUUCCCUGCUCGCGUUCCGUUUGGCCCCAGGCAGCGUGCGAGGGGUCUCUCUCAACCUGCUCAGCCUCUCCUACGGGGGCGGCUGCUUCCUGGGGGCCCUCAUUAUCCAGCUGGUCUACCUGCUCUCCGGAGGGAACUUCUACCCAGACAGUCUGAGCGACGGAAACGGAAACUUGGAGCGGUUCUUCUUCCUCCUAGCAGCAUUAAUGGCGAUAAACACGCUGGUGUUCUGGAGAAUAUCGUACAGAUACAGUGAUCUGAGUGUGGAGCUGGGGCAGGGGGGGCGGAGCCACCUCGCUGAGAAGCUCCUCCAGCACAAGAAGUGUCUGCGUUUCUACGACACCGUGGAGCGCUCCUACACCCUGGCCUCCAUAGAGACCAUCCUGUGACCCCACCGACACCCUGGCCUCCAUAGAGACCAUCCUGUGACCCCACCGACACCCUGGCCUCCAUAGAGACCAUCCUGUGACCCCACCCACACCCUGGUGUCCAUAGAGACCAUCCUGUGACCCCACCCACACCCUGGUGUCCAUAGAGACGGUCCUGUGAUCCCGCCCACACCCUGGUGUCCAUAGAGACGGUCCUGUGACCCCGCCCACACCCUGGUGUCCAUAGAGACGGUCCUGUGAUCCCACCCACACCCUGGUGUCCAUAGAGACGGUCCUGUGACUGCGCCCCCUACAGGAGGGCUGUAACGCGGGCGUUACGUACAGUAGUGACGGACAUGUUCAUGUGAGCCUGGUACUAUUCUUACAGUCUGUUUGUAUUUAUUCUGUACAGCUAAAGCUGUGAAUGACGCUAAAUGUGAACCUUUUUGCAACGUCUGUAUAUAGCCUUUGCACAUUCUUACAUUAUUGUUAUACAGUAAUAAAACGGAUCGAUAAAAAUCGCCAA